UCAUUUACAUUUCCGUCUUCCAAUAUAUCCUUUUCACUGUCAAUCACUCACACUUGUUUCUGCUCGAUGAUUUUUUACACAAAUUCUGAUAACAGUUGUGAUAGUCAAGCAGAUCUGUCCGCCAUAUUCUCCCAACUAAACCCUACUUUCUCUGUUUGAUCGGAGUAACUGAAGAUGGGAGGAGUGGAUGCUGAUCAAAAUGGAGAAACAAGUUGUAGUUUUCUACUACAGCAGUUGCAGAAAAUUUGGGAUGAGGUUGGUGAAACUGAUGAAAAUCGAGAUAAGAUGCUUCUUCAGAUAGACCAGGAGUGCUUGGAUGUUUACAAUAGAAAAGUUGACCAAGCAGUGAAAUCGCGGGCUCACCUUCUUCAGGCUUUAGCAGAUGCCAAAGUUGAAUUCUCCAGGCUGCUAUCAGCCCUUGGAGAGAAAACAUAUGAUGGAAUUCCUGAGAAGAAUUUAAGAUCAAUCAAGGAACAACUUGCAGCUAUAGCACCGGCACUGGAAAAACUGUGGAAACAGAAAGACGAAAGGGUAAAAGAGUUCUUGGAUGUACAAUCACAAAUCGAGAAGAUAAGCAGCGAGAUUGCAGGGAGUAGUGAGCAAGUAGAGACUCCUAAAGUAGAUGAGUCUGAUUUGUCUCUUAAAAAGCUGGAUGAGUUCCAUGCACAGCUUCAAGAUCUUCAAAAAGAAAAGAGUGAGAGACUGCACAAAGUCCUUGAAUUCGUGAGCACAAUACAUGAUCUAUGUGCUGUUCUCGGCAUUGACUUCUUUAGUACUGCCACUGAAGUUCACCCAAGCCUGAGCGAUUCUACUGGUGUACAAUCGAAAAGUAUAAGCAAUGACACACUAUCAAGUCUGGCUAGAACAGUCUUAGCACUAGAGGAAGAUAAGAAGCAAAGAUUGCAGAAGCUCCAAGAACUUGCAACUCAACUGAUUGAUUUAUGGAAUUUGAUGGAUACAACCGAAGAAGAACAGAGCUUGUUUGACCAUGUCACCUGCAACAAAUCGGCUUCAGUUGAUGAAGUGUCCAUUCCUGGAGCUCUUGCUCUUGAUCUGAUUGAACAGGCUGAAGUGGAAGUUGAAAGACUUGAUCAGCUAAAAGCUAGCAGGAUGAAGGAGAUUGCUUUCAAAAAGCAGGCAGUGCUUGAAGAGAUUUUCGUUUGUUCCCACAUAGAGAUUGACUCUAAGGCUUCUCAACACAAAAUUAUGGCACUUAUUGAUUCUGGGAAUAUUGAGCCUGCAGAUUUACUUGCGGACAUGGAUAACCAGAUUGUAAAAGCAAAAGAGGAGGCUGAAAGCAGGAAAGAAAUAUUGGAUAAAGUUGAGAAAUGGAUGGCAGCUUGUGAAGAAGAGAGCUGGCUUGAAGACUACAACAGGGAUCAGAACCGGUAUAAUGCAAGCAGAGGUGCACACUUAAAUUUGAAGAGGGCUGAAAAGGCUCGGAUAUUGGUCAGCAAAAUUCCAGCUCUUGUUGAUUCCUUGAUUACCAAAACAAGAGCAUGGGAACAAGAUCGCGACACCACGUUCACAUAUGAUGGUGUUCCACUUCUUGCCAUGCUAGAUGAAUAUAUGAUGCUCAGGCACGAUAGAGAAGAAGAGAAACGAAGGUUGAGGGACCAGAAGAAGUUCCAUGAGCAGAUCAAAGAACAAGAAACACCAUUUGGAUCAACACCAAUCCCUUCUCGACCCCUCGGUACAAAGAAGGUGGUGGGUCCACGAGCAAACGGGUCAGGUAACAGAAGGCUGUCUCUUAACUCACAUCAAAAUGGUUCCAGGCCGUCAACAACUAAAGACGGGAGGAGAGACCACUCGAGAACGUUUGCUCCUGUAAACUAUGUAGCUAUUUCAAAAGAUGAACAUAUUCCCAGCACACCAUAGUAACUACUGAUUUAGAGACAUAUGUGCAGUAUCCUCUGUUGUGAUUAGUAUCACGGAUCAUGUAGCAGAUAAAUAUUUCGCUGAGCGUAGAGACCGAUUAGCUGUUUGUGUUAUAUAGUGGUAAUAUUAGAAAUUCCUUUGCAUCAU